UUUUAGUCUCUACCGUUUCUCAUCGAUGAAUCAUUUUUAAACACGCUGCGCAGCAAUUUUAUGAUCUUCGAGUUUUGGAUUAAAUCAGAAACAAACAAAAAUAUUGGAAUUGCUAAUAUUAAUCUACACCAAUUUUACGUUUCAUAUAGAAACCCAAUUAUCACAAAAUACUUAGAACGAAACAAAUUGCCAGUUAUAGGUUGUGAUUGGUGGGAAUCAAUUUACGAUCCUUUAAACGGAGACGUUUUUGGCGAAGCACAAAUAUUAGUGGCUCUUGGAACGGAAGAUCAAAUUCUAAAUUUAAAAAAGGAAAGAGGUUUUAUAAAUGAUACCAUUCGGGUGAAAACUACGCGAAACUUUAAAAAUGAUAAUGAAAACAACAAAGUUUUACCUGGAGUAAAUAAAAAAGUAAAUAAAAAUCGUAACACAUUGAGAAUUAAUAAAAAACCAAAUCCGAUUAAGUCUAAAAGUAAAGAUAUCGGAAUUCAAUCCGACAUUGUAAUAAACGAAAUCACUAAAAUGGACUCAUCAAAAUUAGAGGAUAAUAACGAUAAAGUGGAAGUUAAAGAAUCCGAAAAUUAUACGGCAAUCGCUUCGUUUCUACAAACGUUAAUGACAAUGAAUAACAAAACUUUUAAGGAAAAUUGUACCAACACAGAAGCUGCAACAAGUUCUCUUAAAGCAUCUCCAAAUAUCACUCAAGAUUCGCCUUUAAAAUUGACUGAGAAAUCCUUAACAGAAACGUUGGGUCUUAAUGCAAUAAAAGAAAAAUCUACCACAUUUAAAGCUCAUAUUUUCAUAGAAAAUGCGUUACAUCUUCCAUUUCGAAAGAAAAGUAAAACUAAAAAGUCGAGAGGAAAAAGUGGAAAGUAUGAAGAGAUUUUGCCGAGUUGUUACGUUACUUUUGAAACUGUCAAUGGUGAUAUAAAAAUGACUAAUGUUGUUCAGAAAAGUAAAAAUCCUGUUUGGAAUUAUAAUAGCGAUGUUGAAUUACCUAAGGAAUUAUUAACAAAUAAUGAAAAACGUCUAAUUUUUAAAGUUUGGAAACGUUCCAACGGAGUAAGCCAUCCCGAUAUGGAUUCAGAUAUCAUAAUUGGUUUUGCUGGUUUAGACCUGACCGUUUUAACCGCAGGAAUGCCCAACGUUUCCAGUUGGUUUAACAUUUUAGAUUUUUCCAGUAAAUGUAAUGGUCAAAUCAAAAUAACAGUGACCCCACAAGAAAACGUUAAAGGUCAAUAUAAUUAUAAAAACAUUCAAAAGAGUUUAAAACCUAUUUUGGAUAAUAACGAAAAAUUUGAAGAAAAAAACAAAAUUGAAAAGUUCGUAGAAAUCGAUGAAGAACCUGGAGAAGUUUUAAGUCGAGCUUUAAAAAGAAAGUUUACUGAACUCGAUGAAAUUACACAAAGGUUACGUUUAAGAUUGUCACAUGUAACUAAUGACGAAUCUGAUACUUCAAAUGACGAUGAAUUCGCUGAUGAAUUUGAAAAGGAUAUUAAUACUCAAUGUGAAGAGGAUGUCGAAAUGGACGAUUUUAAUAAAUUAACGGAAAAUUAUCAAUUGAAUUCAAUUGAUGUAAAUCCAUCGACAUCUAGAAAUGUUGAUCCUUUGGAUCGUCAUUUACUUGAAAGUCGUUUAAAAUUGGAUAGUUUAUUUGAAAAAUUAGCUUUGUUAUCAAAUAACGAUCCUGCUCAAACCUUUUCCAAUCGACAUAUUUCUGGUUGUUCUGUGUCUAAAGAUAAUAAUGAUGUUGAAAAUAAUGCCAGGUGUAAUAUAGAUAUUGAGGAGAAUUCUUUUAUAAGCGAACUUAGUGGUCAAAAUUGUAUCGCAACGAGACGUGCUCCUGAAGGUGCAGGAAAUAAUAAGUAAAUGGUUUCUUUUAUUGUGUCUAAAAGAAUUUUUAAUAAUGUAUUGUAGUGUAAGAUAUAAA